UCCGCGGGAGGAGGCCUCGCCUUUUCAGAAAGCUCUCCGGGGCUAGAGUAGAAGCGGUUCAGGGACGUUCCUCCGGGCGCACAGCCACGCGGAACUGGGCCGGGACGCAGGGCCCGGCUUCUAGUUCUGCCGGAAUAUUAGCCCCCUUUCCCCUCCUCCGUGUAUCUGCAACUCUCUCUUUUCUAUGCUUUUUGUGGAAACACUGACCCCGCGGGGCAGAGUGCCGCGGGCAGAGUAAGGCGAGGUGCAUCUGAUAACAGACCGUGCCCUAGGGGAGCCUUCUUUGGUCGCUAGUAGGGUUGCUGGGCGCCGCUGUAGGAGACCGGCAAAGGGACAGGUUAUGACACGGAGUUGGGAGAGUCUGUUGAGCCCUUGACUUUUUUUUUUUUUUUUUGCUCAUUAGUUGCAGCUGCAGCUUUUCGCCUGGCUCGCACAUCACAUGGGAAGCCCAGUACCAGGCUCGAUCGCACAAUCACCCAUCAGUCUUCAAAGUUCUGAAGGAACAGUCACUUGGGAAGAUGGCGGAGGCAGUGUUCCAUCCCCCAAAGAGGAAGAGAAGAGUGCACGACAGCUAUGAGUCUCCCCUGCCCAUCCCUUGUGGUCAGGACUGUGGUCCUGAGAAGGACUUCCGAAUCUUCCGGGCUGAGAUGAUAAACAGCCACGUGAUCGUGAGGGGCCUGGAAGACAUGGAGCAGCUCUACGGGAAGGGUUAUUUUGGAAAAGGCAUCCUGUCCAGAAGCCGACCAAACUUCACAAUCUCAGAUCCUAAGCUGGUUGCUAAAUGGAAAGAUAUGAAGCUAGACCUGCCGGUAAUCACAUCAAAGAAGUAUCAGCGUAGCGUGGAGUGGGCCUCAGAGCUCCUGCGAAGACAAGGCCGGGACGAGAGCACGGUGCGCAGCAUCCUCGAGGGCUACACGAAGCCCCUUGAGCAUCCUCGUCUGAAAACGACGGAAGAGGUUGCUUUGGGCGAUGAGCCCAACUCCGAGGUGGUUUCCAAAUCAGAAGGCAGAGCAGACAGAGAGAAACUCUCUGCCGUGAAUGGGGUCGAGGGCAAGCCGUGUGAUCUGGAGGAUUCCAGUGAGCGAUCAGACGGCCUGCAGGAGGGCCUCGGGCCUGAGCCCCGAACCCCAGAUGGCUCAGGUGAAGAUGUGGCCGAGGUCCCCGCCCCUCUGCCCUACGGCCACUGGGACGCUCUCCUGCUGCCAUCUGGCGGUCAGCCUGGGGACAGCAGCCGGCGAGCCGGAGAGAGGGGGCCUGAGCACGUGCUGGUGGAGGAAGCUGUGUGUGCUGGGAGCGAAAGCGAAGCGGUCCAAGCAGAGGACGUAUUGCCACAGAAGAGACUGGUAUGUAGAAGAAAUCCGUUCAGGAUCUUUGAGUAUCUGCAGCUCAGCCUAGAAGAGGCCUUCUUCCUGGUCUAUGCUCUGGGAUGUCUGAGUAUUUACUAUGAAAAGGAGCCUCUAACGAUCAUGAAGCUCUGGAACGCUUUCACCACAGUUCAGCCCACAUUCAGGACGACCUACAUGGCAUACCAUCACUUCCGCAGCAAGGGCUGGGUGCCCAAGCCCGGACUUAAGUACGGAACAGAUUUGCUGCUGUAUCGAAAAGGCCCUCCGUUUUACCAUGCAAGUUACUCCGUCAUCGUGGAGCUGGUGGACGACCAUUUCCAGGGUGCUCCUCGCAGACCUCUCAGCUGGAGAUCCCUGGCUGCCUUGAGCAGAGUUUCAGUCAGUGUCUCCAAGGAACUUAUGCUGUGCUAUUUGAUCAAACCCUCCACCAUGACCGACAAGGACAUGGAGUCACCCGAAUGUAUGAAACAAAUUAAAGUUCAAGAGGUGAUUCUCAGCCGUUGGGUCUCUUCACGGGAGAGGAGUGACCAGGAUGAACUUUAACAAUUCAGCCUCAGGUUUCUAGUCUCUCCAGCAGAUACCACUGAGCUUCCUGCAUAAACCACAUUCAGGCGAGGUAAAAAGUCCUUUCAUGGUGAUCGCCCCUCAAUGUAAAAGUUGUAAAGGGCAUGGUGCUUCCAGCACCAGAAAGUGUUAAUAUUUUAAAAGUUAAAAUUCAUGGAGGAAAUCAGCCCUGUGCAGGGACCACAGGUUCUGUCCUUGGAUUGCUCACUCACCGACCCCCAGCCUCUCGCCCUGGCGCCUCAGCGGUUCUGGGAGCCGGACUCUCCAGCAGCAGGGAACUUCUGUUAGUCUCUGAUUUUACCUGAAACGGUGGUUUCACUGCAGGCGAUUCAGCCCUGUGCACCUGCCUCUUGAAACCCACGUCGAGUCUGUCCUGGAGGAGGGUGCUCUGUCCACAGGUCUCAGCUCUCUAGGAACUUCAGCCAGUUACCCCAACACGGAAAACUCCAUGUACUGUCUCCCAAGGACUGCUGUGUCGUAAGAAGCAUUUUAAGACAAGUUACCUCAGUUACCUCAGUUAUUUCUCAGUGACCUCAUCGGCGGGCGUGUUGUGUAGAGCACACAGCAGUAUGGUGCGGGCUAGAUGAGGGUUGUAUAUUGCUUCACCGAACUUGUUACGAAAUAAAAAUAUGUGGUGAGAAAAAUGAA